UGGACAGCUGCCAUGCACGCUCCCGUGCUGAGCUGUAACACAUUCUGAUGGGAAACUAAAUCCGGCAGAGCAGAGAGCUGAUGGAUAUGAGAGAUAGGGAUGCCUCUUGUGCCUGUCCUCUCACACAGCCGGCAGGAGCAGCAGCAGCACAGGAUCCUUCCUCCCAUCCCUCCUCACUGCUCCUUCCUCUAUCUCAUCACUGAGGAUUCUCUCACUUUUUGUGACUACCCUUCCCAAGUCAUCCUCUUCCUCCAUCUCCCUCCCCCUUGCUCUUGCACUCAGUCUCUUCCCUCCUCCUCCUCCACUCUCUUUCUCUCCCUGGCUCCCAGCAUCAGCGGGGGAGAGUGCAGUUCAUACUUUGCUUCUCUUUGUGUGGAAUAAAACACGUUUCUCAGUCUGGGAGGAUAAGACAGAGAAGACUCCUCUGGGUUUCCUUGGAUAACAUAACUGGCUGCACUAAUGUGAAAAUAUUUCAUACCAAGGGAAACCUUCAGAGCAGUCAUCAAUAUUUAAUCUCCCAGACGGUGGCCUCAUUCUUGGUUGAGAAGCAAAAUAUCAUAAAUAUCAUACAGCAUACAGCAUUUUCCCUUUUUAAGAAUAAGAAGUAAGAACCUAAGAAAUUUCAUACUGACAGCAUGUUGGCACCUGCAGGAUCUGUAUAUGUACGUCUUGUGUCCUGACCUACCCUGGGACUGCAACAACAAGAUGUUCUCUGACAACAAGUCUCAGGGUUUUACUGCACUUUAACUCACAUGUCCAGAUCCUGUAACAGUGGCUGAGCAGCGGAUUACAGUUGCAGGACUGGAAAACCACACACAGACAUAGGAUACAAGUAAGAAUCAGUGCCAGGUGCAAGUCAUUGUUGGAACAGUUUUGGCUGUGAAAAUACUGCACUGAAACAAUUAAAGUGGGUAGACACCCGUUGGCUUUGAGAGCUGGUGAAAUCAGGCCUUCCUAAGCAUGCAGGUGCCAAGCUGUCAGACGAUGAACUUUGCCAGGCCAGUGCUGGUACUUCUGUGCUUCCUACUUCAUGCUGAUGCUGAAACUCCACCAAGGUUUACAAGAAGCCCUGUUGAUCAAACAGGAGUGUCAGGGGGAGUUGCCUCUUUUAUUUGUCAAGCUACGGGAGACCCCAGACCGAAAAUAGUUUGGAAUAAAAAGGGAAAGAAAGUCAGCAACCAGAGAUUUGAGGUAGUAAUAGAAUUUGAUGAUGGAUCUGGUUCCGUUCUAAGAAUACAACCUUUAAGAACACCAAGAGAUGACGCAAUAUAUGAAUGUGUUGCAUCCAACAGUGUUGGAGAAGUCAGUGUGACCACCAGGCUCAUAGUAUUACGGGAGGAUCAAAUUCCCCGUGGUUUUCCAUCUAUUGACAUGGGCCCCCAAUUAAAAGUGGUGGAGCGUACACGAACAGCCACUAUGUUAUGUGCAGCCAGUGGAAACCCAGACCCUGAAAUAACUUGGUUUAAAGACUACCUACCGGUCGACACAAGCAACAGUAAUGGACGCAUAAAACAGCUACGAUCAGGUGGUACACCAAUAAGAGGUGCACUACAAAUUGAGCAGAGUGAAGAAGCUGACCAGGGAAAAUAUGAGUGUGUUGCCACCAACAGUGCUGGGACACGGUAUUCAGCUCCGGCAAAUCUAUAUGUAAGAGAGCUGCGAGAAGUUCGGCGAAUUGCUCCAAGGUUUUCUAUUCCUCCCACAAAUCAUGAGAUUAUGCCUGGUGGAAGUGUCAAUAUUACUUGCGUUGCUGUAGGGUCCCCAAUGCCCUAUGUAAAAUGGAUGCUUGGUGCUGAAGAUUUAACUCCUGAGGAUGAUAUGCCAAUUGGCAGAAAUGUACUGGAGCUUACCGAUGUCAGGCAGUCUGCAAAUUAUACAUGUGUUGCAAUGUCUACUCUUGGUGUUAUAGAAGCAAUAGCACAGAUAACUGUUAAAGCCUUACCAAGGCCACCUGGAACUCCUGUGGUGACAGAAAGCACUGCUACAAGUAUCACAUUAACCUGGGAUUCUGGAAAUCCUGAGCCUGUAACAUAUUACAUAAUCCAGCACAAACCGAAGAGUUCUGAAGAACAGUACAAAGAAAUUGAUGGUGUGGCUACAACACGGUAUAGUGUUGCAGGUCUUAGUCCCUAUUCAGAGUACGAGUUCAGAGUGGUUGCUGUAAACAACAUAGGACGUGGCCCACCCAGUGAACCUGUCACCACAAGGACUUCAGAACAAGCCCCAUCUAGUGCUCCUCGGAAUGUGCAGGCACGCAUGCUGAGCUCAUCAACUAUAUUGGUUCAAUGGGAAGAACCUGAGGAACCCAAUGGACAGAUACAGGGCUAUAGAGUUUAUUAUACUAUGGACCCAACCCAACACAUUAAUAGUUGGACAAAAUCUAAUGUAGCUGAUAGUCAAAUUACCACUAUAUCAAACUUGGUGCCUCAAAAAACAUACUCAGUGAAGGUCCUGGCCUUUACUUCAGUUGGGGAUGGACCUUUAUCGAAUGAAAUUCAAGUCAUCACACAGACAGGAGUUCCCAGUCAGCCACUUAACUUCAAAGCAGAAGCAGAGUCAGAAACAAGUAUACUACUGUCCUGGAUUCCCCCACGAUCAGACACAAUAUCCGGCUACAGGCUGUAUUUUAAAGAAGGGGAUCAUGCAGAAGAGCAAUCUGUCACCUUUAAUACAACUACAUCAUAUCGGCUGCAAGGCCUGAAGCCAAACACAUUGUACUACUUCCGGUUAGCUGCUGUGGCUCCAUUAGGCAUUGGUGCUUCAACAGCUGAAAUUUCUGCCAAAACCCUGCAGUCAAAGCCAUCAGCUCCUCCACACGACAUAAGAUGUAACAGCCAAAGCUCUACCAGCAUCUUGGUAAGUUGGCUACCACCACCAGAGGAUCAACAGAAUGGAGCUAUCACGACAUAUUCUAUAAUUUACUCUGGUAUUGAUGGAGAAGAUAACAAGCCACAUGAAAUAAAAGACAUUUCCUCAGACACUAGACAGUACCUUUUGGAACAACUGGAAAAAUGGACUCAAUACCAUAUCUCUAUGAUUGCUUACACUGAUGUUGGACCAGGCCCUGAAAGUCCUUCAAUAUUGGUUCGGACAGAUGAAGAUGUUCCUAGUGGUCCUCCUCGCAAAGUCGAGGUAGAGGCUGUGAACUCGACAGCUGUUAAAGUUUUCUGGCGCUCACCUGUGUCUAACAAGCAGCAUGGCCAAAUACGUGGAUAUCAGGUGCAUUAUGUGAGGAUGGAAAAUGGAGAACCCAAAGGCCCACCCAUGCUCAAGGACAUUAUGCUGGCUGAUGCACAGUGGGAAUAUGAUGAUACUGCUGAACAUGAAAUGAUCAUCUCUGGACUGCAGCCUGAAACAGCAUAUGCCAUCACUGUGACAGCUUACACCACAAAAGGAGAUGGUGCUCGGAGCAAGCCGAAAGUUGUGACUACAAGUGGUGCAGUUCCAGGUAGACCUCGUCUUGUUAUCAACCACACUCAGAUGAACACUGCUCUUGUUCAGUGGUAUCCACCAGUAGAAACCUUUGGCCCAAUCAUGGGUUAUCGUCUAAAGUAUGGUCGCAAAGAUAUAGACAUUCUCACCACUCUAGAGUUUUCAGAAAAAGAAGACCACUUUACGGCUAAAGAAAUCCACAAAGGAGCCUUUUACCUAUUUAAAUUAUCAGCCAGAAACAAAGUGGGCUUUGGGGAAGAAAACAUUCAAGAAAUUACUAUACCAGAGGACAUACCAACUGGAUUUCCUCAAAAUCUUCACUGUGACAGCAUGUCAUCAACAUCAGUGCAAAUAACUUGGCAACCUCCCAUCCUAGCAGAAAGAAAUGGCUUCAUCAUAAAAUACACCCUCCUAUACAGGGAUAUCAACAAUCCAUAUAAUCCAUUUGAAGUUCCUAUUGUCCCUGCUGACACAACUGUGACUCUCACUGCAUUAAAGCCUGAUACCUUUUAUGAUGUUAAAAUACGUGCUCAUACCAGCAAGGGUCCUGGUCCUUUCAGUCCAAGUGUCCAAUUCAGGACACUGCCAGUAGAUCAAGCAGUGUUCGCAAAAAAUUUUCAUGUAAAAGCUGUAAUGAAGACAUCAGUAUUGCUGUCAUGGGAAAUUCCAGAAAACUACAACUCUGCAUUGCCUUUCAAAAUUCUGUAUGAUGAUGGAAAGAAGGCUGCUGAAGUUGAUGGCCGGGCGACACAGAAGCUUAUCAUCAAUCUAAAACCUGAAACCUUAUACUCCUUUGUCCUGACUAAUAGAGGAAAUAGCGCAGGUGGCCUGCAACAUAGAGUGGCAGCAAAAACUGCACCAGACGUUCUCCGAACUAAGCCAGUUUUUAUUGGGAAGACCAAUUCAGAUGGAAUGAUAACUGUGGAGUUGCCUGAAGUCCCUGCCAAUGAAAAAAUAAAAGGCUAUUACAUUGUCAUUGUCCCUUUGAAGAAGUCACGUGGAAAGUUUAUUAAGCCUUGGGAGAGCCCAGAUGAGAUGGAAUUGGAUGAGCUUUUGAAGGAUAUUUCAAGGAAGCGAAGAAGUGUUCGGUUUAAGAGGGAAGUUGAAUCAAAACCUUACAUUGCAGCUCACUUUGAUGUUCUUCCAACGGAGUUUACCCUAGGAGAUCAGAAAAAUUAUGGCGGCUUUGAGAACAAGCAACUGCAAAACGGACAAGAAUAUGUGUUCUUUGUUCUGGCAGUAAUAGAGCACACUGAGCUGACAAUGUAUGCUACAAGCCCUUAUUCAGAUCCAGUAGUAUCAAUGGAGCUUGAUCCACAACCAAUGACAGAUGAAGAAGAAGGGUUAAUUUGGGUGGUUGGACCAGUUUUGGCUGUUGUGUUCAUCAUCUGUAUUGUGAUAGCAAUUCUUCUUUAUAAAAGGAAGAGAACUGAAUCUGAUUCCAGAAAGAGCAGCUUACCCAAUAAUAAAGAGAUCCCCUCACAUCAUCCCACUGAUCCUGUAGAACUCAGGCGGCUUAACUUUCAAACACCAGGUUCAGGUGUCGCCGGUUACCCUGGUAACCUCCAUUCUUCAAGCAUGGCCAGCCAUCCACCUAUUCCCAUUCUGGAGCUUGCAGAUCACAUUGAAAGGUUAAAAGCCAAUGACAACUUAAAGUUUUCUCAAGAAUAUGAGUCGAUUGACCCAGGGCAACAGUUCACAUGGGAGCACUCUAACCUGGAAGUUAAUAAACCAAAGAACAGAUAUGCAAAUGUAAUUGCAUAUGAUCACUCACGUGUACUGCUUUCAGCCAUCGAAGGCAUACCAGGAAGUGACUAUAUCAACUCCAAUUACAUUGAUGGUUACAGAAAACAAAAUGCUUACAUAGCAACACAAGGACCUCUUCCAGAAACCUUUGGAGAUUUUUGGAGAAUGAUGUGGGAACAACGUAGCGCUACUGUUGUAAUGAUGACAAAACUGGAAGAGAGAUCAAGGAUUAAAUGUGACCAGUACUGGCCAAGCAGAGGUACAGAAACAUAUGGCCUUAUUCAAGUUACUCUGCUCGACACAGUAGAACUUGCCACUUACUGUGUUCGGACAUUUGCUCUUUACAAGAACGGAUCAAGUGAAAAGCGAGAAGUGAGACAGUUCCAGUUUACAGCAUGGCCGGAUCAUGGUGUUCCAGAACAUCCAACACCUUUCCUUGCAUUCUUGAGAAGGGUGAAAACAUGCAAUCCUCCAGAUGCAGGGCCAAUGGUUGUACACUGCAGUGCUGGAGUGGGCAGAACGGGCUGCUUCAUUGUUAUAGAUGCCAUGCUGGAGAGAAUACGGCAUGAAAAGACUGUAGAUAUUUAUGGUCAUGUGACUUUAAUGAGAGCUCAGAGAAACUACAUGGUUCAAACAGAGGACCAGUAUAUCUUUAUCCAUGAUGCCCUGCUGGAGGCAGUGACAUGUGGAAAUACCGAAGUGCCAGCUAGAAACCUGUAUGCAUAUAUUCAAAAGCUGACACAGAUAGAGCCUGGAGAGAAUGUCACAGGGAUGGAAUUAGAAUUUAAGCGCCUCGCAAGCUCGAAAGCUCACACGUCACGGUUUAUCAGUGCCAAUCUUCCAUGUAAUAAAUUUAAAAACCGCCUUGUUAAUAUUAUGCCAUAUGAGUCCACAAGGGUAUGUCUACAGCCGAUCCGUGGUGUAGAGGGCUCUGACUAUAUCAACGCAAGUUUUAUUGAUGGAUACAGACAGCAGAAAGCUUAUAUAGCAACUCAAGGUCCCUUGGCAGAGACAACAGAAGAUUUCUGGAGGAUGCUAUGGGAACAUAACUCAACAAUUGUGGUUAUGCUAACAAAACUUAGAGAAAUGGGCAGAGAAAAAUGUCAUCAGUACUGGCCUGCUGAACGUUCUGCUAGAUAUCAAUACUUUGUAGUGGAUCCAAUGGCAGAAUAUAACAUGCCACAGUAUAUUCUACGGGAGUUUAAAGUAACAGAUGCUCGGGAUGGCCAGUCACGGACAGUUAGACAGUUUCAGUUUACUGACUGGCCAGACCAAGGGGUGCCAAAGUCUGGAGAAGGAUUUAUUGACUUCAUUGGGCAAGUACAUAAAACAAAAGAGCAAUUUGGACAGGAUGGCCCAAUAUCUGUCCACUGCAGUGCUGGAGUUGGGAGAACUGGAGUAUUCAUUACAUUAAGUAUUGUGUUGGAAAGAAUGAGAUAUGAGGGUGUUGUAGAUAUCUUCCAGACUGUCAAAAUGUUGAGAACACAACGGCCUGCUAUGGUACAGACAGAGGACCAGUAUCAGUUCUGUUACCGAGCAGGGCUUGAAUAUUUGGGCAGCUUUGAUCACUAUGCAACGUAAAAGAUUUGGCCCAUCCUGGAAAAUACCUGCAGGCCCUUCAAGAUCCAGAGAGCCUCUUCUGAGCCAUAAGGUGUGCUUGGGAAAUAUUUCUUAACUCCUAGCUAAAGACCAAUCACAGCAAUUGGAUAAUUAUUACAAAAAUAUAUAAAAAAACAAAAAAAAAACACAAAUAAAACAAUUUUUCUGGAUGGACCAAGAAUACACAGAUAAAUAACCUAACCUAAGCAAAUUAUAUCAAUCCCUGACUGGUGAGACAUCUGAAGGAUUCAUUUUGCCAACCAACAUGUCUCAAGGAAUAAGCUGGCAAUGAAGGAACAAUGUGAAAUCCACAAAGAACCAUUAUCUUGUCUGAGACUGCAUGAGUGUUAAACAAUGAAUCUUAGGAAUACACAGCAGGAUGUUUAAUACGUCGGCUUCGGGCUCCUAAGACAAAUGCAAUUUUUGCAGCGAUAAUGACCCUUCUUCAUCAAUGAACACGAUAACACGUUAGUGAAACAAAUGGGUGGGAAGUGUCUAAACAGAAUCAAAGUCAUUUAUUUAGUUUUUUAGUAUUGUAAAGAUACUGCUGACCUGUGCUUCAUUAUUAACUGUGUAAACUUUAUUUUCUUUUUCUUUUUUUUUCUUUAACAAAAAGUUUAUAAGGAAGUGAAUAAAACAUUGCAUAACUGUUAAUUUUUUGAUCAAGAAUUGUAUUUUUUUUAAUGCGGUAGAACUGUUAUAUGUAAACGGUAAUUCUCAUUAGAAGUAGUCAAACAUUGAAUUUUCUUUUGCACACAUUUGUGCAGCUCUAACAUUUAACCAUACCAUAAUUUUUAAUCAUAUAUUUCUUUUACACUUUUUUUUCCAUUCUUAACAUAUAUAAAUAUAUAUUUUUUUGCAUCAAGACAAGCUAUUUUUUCAUCUUGUUUGGAAUCAACAGGGAGUCGCAAAGUAUAAAGCUGCUGCAAACAUAUAUAGAAGUUUAUAUAGAUAUAUAAACAUAUCUAUCUGUUCUUCCAUGAUUUUCAUUAUAUUGAUCAUUGGGAAGAUAUUUUAGACCUACAAGACCAUUUCAUCAGCCGGAAAGGUUUGCAUUUCCAGUCUGUAUUAUUUUUAUUUCUUUUGGUUUUAUUCAUAAAGAAAUGAGGAAUGCACAUCAGUGAUAUCCUAGGUUCACCUCCGAAUAUAUUCACUUACAUUUCCAUGUGCUCACAUAUGUAUGUACUUUGUUCCGCAGCUCAGUAUUUUUUUUAAUACUUUAGUGCAAUAAUGAACCAUUUUGUAUAUUAUACAGGAUAUGUGCAUGCAAGAAAUGUCAGUGUUUAUCAGAGAGAAACUAUUGUAUUAUACGAUGUAUGAGCCGGUUUUCAAACAAAUUGUAUCCAAUCAUUUAUUAAUAUGUGGUAUAUGAUUGCAUAUGUGAUUUGUAAAAUAUGUAAAAACAUAAAUACAAGAAAAAAAUCAAAUCAAGGGCAAAGCCAAAAAAAAUCCCCGUCCUGCUUAAUGGAAAUAAUGUAGUGUUACGGCAGUUUGUAAAUGUUGCUUUAGUUUCUUUUAGAUUAUUUUUUUGUUGCUUUUGCAUUUAGAGUGCCUUAUAUUUGAUGCUUUUAAGCAACAUUUUGUUUAACUAUCCCUCCUUAGUAUUAUUUCUAUAUGUUCAGAAAAAUCGAAUUAUAAACUGCUUUUAUGCGAUAUACACAGCUAUUUUUUUAACCAAUAUCAUUAUGCAGGAGCUUACUAUUCUUCCAAGCCCUUCUAUAUUAACAGAAGUAUUUAGGUAAACUGCCUACACAUACAGUAUUAUAUAUAUAUAUAUAUAUAUAUAUAUAUAUGUGUGUGUGUGUGUGUGAAAUACUUUUUUUUAACCAUUAAAACAUUGUCUUCAGUUAACUUAAGAGGCAGCCAUGGUUGAUGUGAAAUUACCAAGAGCUUGUGGUAUUGCUAAAAAAAACAAUGUACACAACAAAUGACACGAGCUCAUGGUGAAUUUAAUAAUGCAUAUAUAUAUUAGUAAAUAAUUAUAUAAUUUCUUACUAAUAAAUUAGAGUACCCAUAGGCUUUAUUUGUUCCUCCAAAUUGUUGCCUCUCUGUGUAACAGCAACAGACGUUCAUACAUGGUCAUCUGAAUGGGAAUAUGUUAUAUAAAAUAGCACACUCUGGCACUUUAUUGACGCCAAACCAAGUUUACCUUACUUGCCAAUGUUAAUUAAAACUAUACAUAUAUAUUUUAUCUAAAUCAGCCUUGUCAUACAAACAAUUGUAUAUCAUACCAUAUUGAUAGGAAAUUCUAGAUUUCUAGAUGCCUUAUCAGCGUUAUAGUGUUAUUUUCUCAUGUAUUCACUUUUGUUCAGCAGCCAUUUAAAUAUUCAGACUCUGUGAAGGGUUGUGUCAUAGCACUUUUGUAUUGAUAAUAAUAAUUAUAAUAAUGGAAGGCUACCUCUGAUAAAAAAAAAAUUAAAACAACAUGAAAAAGAAUGUGCUUUUCUUGGGGUAUCUUUGCUAUUUUCUCAUGUAGACAAUAUUCUUUAUACAUUAUUAUUCUAAUCUUGUCUGUUAAGUAUUUGCAUUUAUGACCAGAAAUUGUGUUUAUCUCUGUUAUUGGACAUAUCAUAUUUUUAUAGACACACAUUCUGCAACAGAAUGUUUUCAAGCAUUGUGUUCUGUGUAUUUGUUUGCGUAUAUCCACUCAUAAUGUAGUUUCAGUUCCAAUCAAUGAUGUGCAUUCCACUUUCUGUUAUUAAUUGUACAAGGUACAUUAUUAAAGAGGCAUCUUUAUCUGCAAAAUACAUCAAGAGCAGAAAAUGCAUUUCUUAAGCAUUAUUGAUGCGGUGCUAUUAUUUACCUAUAUCAGUAUAGUUAUGUAUAAUUUUGUAAUUAGUUACAUUGGAAAAAAACAUAAACAUGAUUUGUAUAGAACUUCAUAUUAGCACUGUAUUUUUGUCUUAUUUUUUUUCUUUUUAUCUUUCUUUUUUCUUUUUUUACUGCAUGAUAGAGUAUUACAAAACUAUGACCUAAAGAUGGCCCUUUGGGGAGAAUUGCACUUUUUGAAAAACCUUUGUACUAUGCACUGCCCUAUUGAUUCUACACCCAAUGUUAUUACUUGAACCCAUCUUUAAAUAAAAACAAAAACACAUCAAAUUGUUCUAUGAAAUUCACAUUUGUGUAAAUAACACAAUAUAUUGGAAGAGACAGUUUUACCUUGAGAAAAGUGCAGAUAUAUUUUUCUCCCUUUGCUCCCGUUUUGAUGGCAGGCCUUGCUAACAUAUCUAUUAAAUAUUUUUGCCCUGAUGCUCCACAAAAAAAGAAAAAGAAAAUUCAAGCUGGGAUUGUCUUUACAAGUAUAAUCCAAACUGUGUUCUUUACGCUCGUUUUGAACGCAUAGACUGGAAAAAAAGUUAUAAAAAAAAUAAAAACUUGUAAAUGGCUUGUUAAAAAUACAAUUACCUCUACUUAGUAGUACGCAUAAAUGUUUUACAAGA